CCCCCCCCCUACCUGACAUGACCGCCUCCGAAACUUCCGGGCGGCGCCAGCCUCUCGGCCGGAUGGUCAGCACGCUGGCCUUGCUGGGUAUGGCCCUCGCCUCGACGGCCAGCGCCGCGUCGGUCAUGUCGAUCGACUAUGGCUCCGAGUGGUUCAAGGUCGCCUAUGUCCGGCCCGGCUCGCCGAUGGACAUCGCCCUCAACCCCUCGUCCCAGCGGAAGACCGCGUCAUCGAUCGGCUUCGCCCGGGACGGCGAGCGCCUCAUCGGCGACACGGCCCUGGCAUCGGCCUCGCGCCAGCCGCACCACACCUACACCGGCCUCCUGGACAUUCUUGGCCUGCCGGCCGACCAUCCCAAGGUGAUCUCUUAUCUGGAGCGCUCUGCCAACCAGGUGGUCGUGCGCCAGGACCAGGAAACCGGGGCUGAUCGCCUGCUGCUCAAGGGUCCAGAUGGUGCCGAAUUCCAUGUCGAGGAGCUGAUUGCCAUUCAGCUGGCCGAGGCGGCCACCUUUGCCGCGCACUCCACCGGCGAGCCUGUCACCGACACAGUCCUGGUCAUUCCCUCGUACUUCACCCAGCCCCAGCGCAAGGCUAUCCUCAACGCCGCCAAGCUGGCCGGCCUGAAUGUCCUGGGGCUCACCCACUCGACGACCUCCGCCGCCCUCCAAUAUGCGAUUGGCACGCGUCUGUCCGAGAAGGAGACCCAUCUCUUUGUGGACAUCGGCGCCGGCAGCGUGUCCGCCAGUGUGGUGGGCAUCGUGCCGAAGCCGCCCAUUGGCACGGUCAAGGGCAAGAAGACUGCCGCCGCGCCGACUGCCCGCGAUCCGCUCGAGCUCAAUGUCCUGAGCCACACGCAUGAUGUCAACUCCGGUGGCCGGGCCCUGGAUGAGCUGCUUGCCAUGCACCUCGGUUCGCUCUUUGACCGGGCGCACAAGCGCAAGACCCCGGUCUACUCGGAGCCCCGCGCUCGGGCCCGCCUGUUGCAUGAGGCCUCCCGCGUGAAGCAGGUCCUCUCGGUCAACGUGGAGACCAUCUCCCGUGUGGAGGGCCUGCAUGAUGGGCUGGACUUUUCGGCCCCCAUUUCCCGGGCCACCUUCGAGGAGCUGGCCGCCCCGAUCGUCCAGCGCAUUGGGGCCACGGUGCGCGCGGCGCUCGCCGGGUCCGGCCUGAGUGCCGACGACCUGACCAGUGUCAAGCUCUUUGGCGGUGGCACACGCGUGCCCCUGGUCCAGCGUGCCCUGCGGGAAGCCCUCAAUGUCGAGACCCUGGCCCACAACAUCAAUGCCGACGAGGCGGCCGCUCUGGGUGGCGCCUUCCGCGCGGCCUCUCUUCUGUCGACCUUCCGCACGCGCACGGUGCGCGUGCGCGAGCACCCCCCGGUCCCGGUCUUCAUGCCGACCCGCCUGGCCGCCGACACGGACGACGCCCCGCUGGUCGAGGUGCCGCUCUUUGAGACGGCCGCCUCGCGGCGGGCCCUGGCUCGGCCGGUCGGGCGCCUGGUCGACCGCACUACCCUGCCCGUGACGCCGGCCUUUUUGGAUCGGCUCGAGGACACCUUUGCCGAUGCCGCGGCCACGGGUCGGCUUUCGGUCCCGGUGCAGAUCGGCGCCACCGAGACCGGGGCCCUGUGCAGCCUGGAUGUGGAGGUGGCCCCCGGGCAGCGGCCGGCUUUGGUGGCCGUGCAGCAGGCCCUGCGUGCGCUUGACGCCGGCGCCGCCCCGGCCGGCCUGCUGGAUGAUGCCCUGUCCCUGGACAUGUUCCUGUCCCUGGACUCCUUCGGAGCCGGGCUGCUUGGCGUGGUCAAUUCCUCGGUGCACGUCAGUCCCGAGGCCUCCCAGGCACUUGGCCUGGCCACCGAGGCCACAAACUCCGGCAAGGCCGGUAUCAUUGGCAACAUCCUCUCAUUCAUCAAGGGCAACAAGGCCCAGGCGGCGGACAAGGACGCCGCCGAGGAUGAGGAGUUCGCCCAGCCGACCGAUACCACGGUCGCGGCCGAGCCGGCUGAUGAGAGUGCCUCCCCCAAGAUCGGGGCCUCGGAUGUCAUCAUCACGGCUGGUGGCAAUGCCACCGCGGCGGAGCUGCUCCAGCAGGAGGCCGCGGCCCGGUCGACGGUCAUCCCCCUCAAGUCGCGCAUCACCUGCCAGCCGGCGGGGCUGUCGGCCGAGGAGCUGACCCGUGCCCGGGAGCAAAUUGCCCGUGUUGACCAGGCCGAGGCCGAUCGUCGGGCUCGGCACGACUCGAUGAAUGCCCUGGAGGGGGCCAUUUACCGGAUUGGUGGGGCCCUCAGCGCGGCGCAGGAUGAGUUCCUGUAUGCCGACGCCGGGUCCCCCUGGCCGGGUGCGGCCUUUGCCCGGUUUGCCCUGGGGCUCGAGCGCCGCGAGCUGUCCAACAUGGUGUCGGAGUUCCGCGAUUGGUAUGAGGACUACGAGCCGGGCACCGGGCAGCAUGACGACACCCCGACCGCCGAGUAUCAGCGCCGCCUUGAGCAGCUGCAGGACCUCGAGCGCACGAUCCUGGCCCGGCGCGAUGCCUGGGCUCAGCUUGGCCCGGGGCUUGAGGCCGUCAAGAACGCCCGCGCUGCGGCUGUCGCCGUUAUCGAGCAGGGCGCCGCCUCGCUGCUGAAGGGCACCCAGCAUGCGGAAGCCGUGAAGGCUUCGACCGAGGUGUCUGGCGCCGUGGCGGCCCUCGGAUCGGCGGUCGAGGCGGUUGACGCCUGGCUGGCCGAUGCCGACGUUGCCGGUGCCAUGGCUCUGGUGGCGGCGGUGGAUGAUGGCCGGCUGGGCGAGCAUCUUCGUCCGGCGGCCGGCGCAUCGGCCCCGUAUGCCCCCUGUGUGCCGGGUGGCGCGGCCAGCGAGGACCAGAUGAUCUCGCUGCAGGUUCGCCCAGAUGCCCUGAGCUCUUCGGUGGAUGGGUCGCCGGAUGGGCCGCUGGCGUGCGACCCGCCGCUCCAGGCGGCCAGCGACUGGGAAGAGAAGACCCGGUCGCUGGCCAGCGCGCUGGAUGCUGUCAGCCGGUCUGUCAAGCGCGUCGAGACCAAGGCCCGGCAGGCCCUCGAGGCGGCUGCCCGGAAGGCCGCGCGCGAGGCCCUCGAGAAGGAGAAGCUGGCCAAGGAGCGCGCGGCCGAGGCGGCCAAGAACGCCACGGCCACCGACGACAAGGCCGAUCCCGGCGCCACCAACAACGAAGAGCAGCACCCAGCCGGGGAGCCGGAUGAGGAGCUGAACACCACCGGCGGCGGCGACGGCGGCGGCGGCGAUGGCCCCAAUGCUGAGGCUGAUGCCGGGCCAGGAGACGCCGACGACUGGCACGAUGCCACGGACGACACCGCCGGCCAUGCGCGUGCUGGCCGCGCCUCGCGCUCUACCUCGGAUCUUUGA